AGUUAAAAAAAUAUAUACCUGUUACAGUCGGAAAAUUAUUGUUACAAAGAUGAGGAAAUUAUUAUUAUUAUUAUUAUUAUUAUAACAAAUUUUAAAGGAACUCGUGCUUAAAACUUAUGGUCGGUAACAAGAGUGAAUUUACAUAUGUUUACAGAUACAACAACGUUUUUGGAUAUAAAAUUCUUCGGAAGUAAAACCCGUUUCUUUACAUUCAGUGGAAGAAUCUGAUAAAAGUUAACACCCAAAAGAGUCAAAACUAAGUACAGCAAAACACAUCAAAAAGUGAAAAAAAAACUCGAAAUAAGCGAAAAUUCAAAUUUCGAAAAGAAAAACUCCCCAAGAAGCUCGCCAACCCGCAAAGAAACCUCCCAAAAUCGGAUAUCAUUGAAGGACUAAAGCACCCAGUCAUUAACGCGGGGAUUAAAUGAAAAAAUGCUAUCACGCAAAGCGCAAGCGGAGAGAGGAGUAUACAUUUAGAGGUGUCAUAUCGAUAUUCCGUGUCCAAAGAAGUAACAUUUUAUGUAUGGAAAAGGUCAGCUGAAAAAAAUAGGUGAUAUGGAGAGAUAUUAUCCAGUCCUAAGGGCAGCUGUCUUCGUUACCCUGGCGAUGAUUACUCUCUGUUAUUCUUCAGAGAUUUCCGAAUACAGGUCAAAGGUUAUACAAAAUCUGACCGACGGAUAUGACAGUGGAAUUUCUCCUCAUUUUGAUCUAGAUGUGCCAACAGAAGUUAAAGUUCAUAUUUAUAUUAGCAGUUUCGACUCAAUUCGUGAAUCGGCAAUGGACUACACAAUGAACUUCAUAAUCACGCAGAAGUGGACUGACCCCAGAUUGAACUACACUGGGAUGAGUAAUGCAGAGAUUCUAGAACUCGACACCCGUAUCAUGAAUUGUAUUUGGGUGCCUGACUUAUAUUUCGCUAACGAGAAAAAAGCGUCCUUCCAUGAGGUGACAGUACCGAACAAGAUGAUGCACCUCCAUCGGAAUGGGACAGUGGUAUAUCGUGCACGGCUGACAAUGACAUCGGCAUGUCCUAUGACACUUGAGAAAUUUCCACUCGAUACGCAGGUGUGUUCAGUCGUCAUUAAAAGUUUUGUCUACACUCCAGACAAUGUAGUCUUCCGCUGGGAAAAAGGUAACGCCAUAACAUACAACCAGGAAAUGGAAAUGGCCCAGUUCGAAAUCGGAAACAUCCAAAAUAAAGACUGCACUGGAGAAUUUGAAGAAAACAAUUUUACCUGCAUCCAAGCCGACAUUUACCUUAAUCGGAAGUUUGAAUUCUUCCUACUCCACGUAUUUAUCCCUAGCACUUUGAUUGUUGUCAUUUCUUGGGUAUCCUUCUGGUUACCAAUUGAUGCUGUUCCCGCCAGAAUAGCACUGGGUAGUACAACCGUUCUAACAAUGAUCACGCAACGUCAGAGCACAGCCAUAUCUCUUCCUCCAGUAAGUUACAUCAAAGCCAUCGAUGUGUGGACAGUAUCGUGUUUGGUAUUCGUAUUCGCGGCAUUACUAGAGUACGCUUUGGUCAGCAUCUACUCGAGACGAGAAGUAAAACGGAUUAUGAUAAAACUUGCACCUUCUAAGGAAACAAAGGGAAGUUUUAUCAAAUCGAAAUCAAUCACUUGGAGUAACGGUACCAGCGACGGUGUCCCCGUUGAUGUUCGAACCUCGGAACCUAAAUCUAAAUUAAAAGCUAAACGAAUCGAUGUUAUAUCUCGAGUAGCAUUCCCAUCGUGCUUUUUCACGUUUAUUACGCUCUAUUGGGUGUUCUAUUCACAAAAGUGAACCGAGUGACAAGAAACAUUUCUAAAAAAUGCUGAGAGAGAUAAAGCUGAAGCUAACAAUGACUGACUUUUAACACAAUUAACAAAUACCCAACAACAAGUAGGAGGUGGAAGGAUAGCAAAAAUAGGACGGACAACGCAAUAUUGUGCUAACAUCUCCGCGUUUCUUUUCUCUCUCUCUCUUUCUCAUUUGUUUUUGCUGUUUUUACCAAUUGAAUCUCUAUUUUAAACAACAGCAGUCAUCUUACAGAACCAAACAUUUGUGUUAAAUUGCUGUGAUAUUGUUGGAAUAUCUCUCUAUAACUUUUUAUUCAUUUUCCUGGGUUUUUUUAUCUGGAAAAAAUUUUGUUCGCUUCCUUAAAGGGAUUUACCAACACUGAAUAUUUGAUUGAAAAAAAAAAAACGGCAACUAUUACGAAACAAAUAUCGGAAAAACCACGAGGUGGAGUUAAAA